AUGGAGAUGUUGAAAGUUCAAUUUUUUGUGAUGGCAAUUUGUGCCCUUGUUAUCUCUCUGCUUCUCCCCUCCAUCAAUGCUCAAACCCUUGCACCUACCCCUGCCCCUACAAGUGAUGGGGUAGCAGUUGACCAAGGAAUUGCUUAUGUGCUGAUGGUAUUGGCUCUGCUCCUCACCUACAUCAUCCAUUAG